UUACAGGGACUUUUUGCUCCCAUAGAGUAACGAAUAAAGUUCUGUUUUUCAAUCAAUGGCGAAGUGUGCGUGUAUAUUUCGAAUCUCUUGUGUGACUGACCUGUAGCGCUGGAAGUGUCAAGACUGCAGCAUAAUCCUGUUAUUAGGGUUGAGGAAAGACUGCAGCAUAAUCCUGUUAUUAGGGUUGAAACAAGACUGCACAAUAAUCCUGUUAUUAGGGUUGAGACACGACUGCAGCAUAAUCCUGUUAUUAGGGUUGAGGAAAGACUGCAGCAUAAUACUGUUAGUAGGGUUGAAACAAGACUGCACAAUAAUCCUGUUAUUAGGGUUGAGACAAGAAGUUAGGUUUGGUUCGUAGCAUGGGAAGCAUGACGCGAGACAACGCAGCGAGCAACCCUCCUCCAGGCUUCCUGCCACUGGACCCUGAGGACCCUGUAGUGGCGGCCCUCUUCCACCACGGCGACAUUGAGGACGACUACGACAUUGAGAGAGAACCCAUUGCCAGGGGCAAGUUCGCAGCAGUACGGCGGGCCCGCCACCGCGCCACAGGACGCGUGUUCGCCGCCAAGUUUGUACGGCGGCGGCGCAGGGCGAAGACUUCAGAGGCGGAGGCUGAGGCGCGUCACGAGGUCGCCGUGCUGGUGCUGGGGCGAGCACACAAGCACAUCGUACACAUGCACAGCGUCUACCUCACUAGACAAGAGUACAUCAUCCUACUAGAGUUUGGCGCGGGCGGCGACCUGCAGAAGUUGCUGGACGACCAGGUCGCCUUCAGCGAGGACGACACGCGCGCUCUGCUGCUGCAGGUGCUCUCAGGGCUGCGCUUCCUGCACGCCAAUAACAUCGCCCACCUCGACAUUAAGCCGCAGAACCUGAUCCUGAUGGGCAGCGCCCCUACCGACGGCGUCAAGAUCGUCGACUUCGGCCUGAGCCGCGUCAUCUCCCAGGACACCGAGCUCACGCAGAUCAUGGGCACGCCGGACUACGUGGCUCCGGAAGUGAUCAACUUUGAGCCUGUGGGCCUGGCAACGGACAUGUGGUCCGUGGGCGUGCUGACGUACGUCUUCCUGACGGGCUGCACGCCCUUCGGGGGCGACACCGACCAGGAAACGUUCGUGAACAUCACGCAGGCGGAGUACGACUUCCCCGACGAUCUCUUCGCCGACGUUUCUGAUAACGCCAAGGACUUCAUAAGCGGCCUGCUUCUAAAGAAAACAUCCCAGCGCCUGCAGAUCGAUGAUUGCCUGCGUCACCCGUGGCUCUGCUCGGCGGUGCUUCCGUCGAUCUACGCGAGCGCCGCCCCUAGCCUCUACACGCUCUCCGAGACCGACUCCAGCGCCGCCCCUAGCCUCUACACGCUCUCCGAGACCGACUCCAGCGCCGCUCCUGGCCUCUACACGCUCUCCGAGACCGACUCCAGUGACUGCCCCGACUCCGCGUAUUCAAGCUGCGACAACAGUAGCCCCACUUUCCUUGAAAAAAAUACGUCAUCUUCCUUCACUUCUAAUGUUUCGGUCAAUUUAUGCGAGUGCCCCAUUGCUGAAGAGCAGCAGCAACAGGCGCAGCAGCAGGGGCAGGUGAUCGCUGCAGCAGCUGCAAUGCUCACGUCAGCACGACGUCUGCGCAGGAACCGUAGCAAUUAUAUGAGUGUUGACAUGGAGGACACACUAAAGGCCGUUCGUAAGCAGCGGUCCACAAGACGGGCGUCACUCGUGAUCGACAAUCCCAGGCAUGCGGAGGACGAGUGGAGGAAACACUCGCCUCGCUCGUACAAUCAUCAAUCAUUGCUCAAUCUUAAUCAUGAGGUUCUUGACAAUAGAAUGGCAAACGACGACGACUUUCACAAUGCGACUAACCGACUGCGACAUUCUGAGUCGUUCGACUGUAGCAGCAGUAGAGGUAUUUACCCGACGUGGAACGGCUACAGUGAACGCGCGCCCUUAAACCAAUCCAUGAAUGACAUCGAAGCGAAGCUUAGUAAACCUUGGCUGAAACUUUGCAAUGGUAGUGUGCUACGUGCUGUUGAUCAACUUACAACUAGCAACUCGCCUAAAAAGAAGAAAUUAGCCCUCGCUAAGUCUGAUCUAAGUCAUCCACCUGGUGAUUUGAGUGUCGGAGCUGGCAAUUAUGCUACCUUGGACUCGAUGUCUUGCCAGUCUAGUCGUAAGUUACAGAAAUGUGAUUUCCGGGCCUCGAUUGCUGAGCUGAGAGACCCACACAGUGACGUGAGGUCUUCCAAAGCUGACUUCACAAUAAUGAGGCCUGAGCUUAGAGCUUACAGCACCCAGAGAUGUGAACGUGACUCUAGAAAUUCCUUCUAUGAUUUUAAAACUUCGAAUUACGAUCUACGUUCCACAAAAUCUGAUAUUUAUGCUCCCAAGUCUGACUUACGUUCAAGUAAAUCAUCUAAAGACCUGAGACGAUCUAAGAAGGAUUUGCAAGGUUCGAGUCUUAAUUUGUCUGAACGUUCCUGGGGCCCUUGUUCUGACUUGACUAUGAGCAGACUAGACAUGUCGCUCUCCCGUCUGGAUCUUGCGCACGAGCAGCUGGACCAAGAAGAAGCUUUAGAACAAAAAGAUUCAUUUAGAGGAGACCUGACUUUACCACGACGUAGGCUUAACAGAGCAUCUCUUGCUCCCUUGCUCAGGGGCAACGCGCUCCAUAUGAGCUUCAGGGUAUCAAAAAACAGAGACUGGUGUUGAACUAAUUUGGCUUCAAGCGUGUUCGAGUAACGACGGUCGAUUAUAUUCACCAUUUCGACUGCUUCAAGAGGCUUACCUUUCUAUUGGUGUUCAAUAUUUCGGACUGCAACAGUCUAGUCAUUAAGAACAAGUAAUUGUGAGGAAUCCUAUGUGGGAAUAACAAUGUAUUAGUCAGUAACGUGUUCUAUCUUCUUGCCCUCUGCCGUAUCGGUAUUGGGGCCUCAGACCCUCUGCCGUAUCGGUGUCGCGGCCUCUGAUUAGAAGAUCAAAAUGCGCAGUUUCUCGGACUCGUUUCUCAAUCUUUCCAUUCCAGAAAUGCUCAAUGACCGACGACAUCCUGAGAUCGAGGUUUUCUCGUUGCUAAACACGUUGGUUUGUUAUUUGAUAGUCUGUGGCAGGAGCACAACAUCCCAUGCAUUCUCUAAUCUGUUCCUUGUGUCGUGAGUCGCUUCUGACGUUUUUGUGACACGAUUUGGUUUCAUUUCUGUUCCUUUGAAAUGGUCAGUUUCUCUUGCUUAAUCAAAACCGUAUCAAAAGUCUUAUAUUGUUAAUUCCACUUCGAAAAAUGUGAUUGUAACUGAAAUAAAAUUAUAUGUGUUCCUCACUUGCAUGCAACAUCGCAUAAACGUGCAUUCAGGAGGCAUUAGUUUCUCCAUAUUGCUGCGUCGUGCCCCGACAACCCAGUCGGGGCUAGCGCAGCCUCGGGAUGAGGGUCGCUACUUCUGUAUUCCUCACGUUUUAGUCCUGCGGUCCGCAUUUGCUCAUCUUAUUUAUCGAUACAUUAGCAACAUGUCCACUUACACACGCGAAACGUUUAGCCGAUGGGCGAGAAUGUCGUCAGGAAUCGGCGUGACGUGUACCGGUGCAUCGUCUGAAAUAUGGGGACGUAUUCUCAAUAAAUUUUGCGUUGAACAUUGCAGUUGAACUCGUGUUAUUUGAGUUGUGGCGUUGACAUAUUUUCUCUUUGUUAUGUCAUUGGGUAAAAUGUUUCUAUUUGACAAGUUUUAGCCUCCAAUAGACAACAGAAUUCUUAAAUAAGGUCCCUUGUUUAAAGUUUCGUAUGUUGUAGAUACGAUCUGUGCAGAUGCUAAGGGUUCUGUUUCUUGGCAUAACGAAUGUAUCUUUGGACAACUGUCACGGCCAUAACAUUUGCCACCGACCUGUACCUUGUACACGUCCAUGCCACCCUCAACAUGUGCUCACCCAUCUGAACAUGUUUGCUCACAGAUAUCAUCACUUUUCUUACAUACAGUUAACGAUGACAGUCUCAUCGCUUCUUGCAUCGCUCUGGACACCUCGAUAAUGAUCGCACCUGUUUAUUACUGAAACAAAUGUUAGCUCCGUGGUGCUAAAGACUUUUUAAGCAUAUAAUGUGUUAGUGUGUUGGGAAAAUCCUAUUUAUGAAUUUUCGUAUUUUAUGUACAUACGUCAAAUAUAUCUUGUUACUGAAAGUUUAAAA